GAGACACAGGCGCUGGCUGCUGGGUCCGCUCUCCGCCUCCGCCGCGCCCUCCUCGCCCGGGAUGGGCCCCCCUGCCACCGCCGCCGCCGCCGCCGGAGCCCUGGUCUCUCGGUCCCGCUGCUUGCCCUGAAGCUCGGCACCCACGCGCCCCGCCUCACCCCGCCAGCCUCGCCGCCGCCCCCCGUCCCCCCCACCCCCCUCCAGAUUGCGGUCGAGCCCUCGGGAUGCUGCCGCCGGUGCCCUCCCGCCUCGGGCUGCUGCUGCUGCUGCUCCUGUGCCCCGCGCACGUCGGUGGACUGUGGUGGGCCGUGGGCAGCCCCCUGGUCAUGGAUCCUAUAAGCAUCUGCAGAAAGGCCAGGCGGCUGGCAGGACGGCAGGCGGAGCUGUGCCAGGCGGAGCCGGAAGUAGUGGCAGAGCUUGCCCGGGGCGCAAGGCUGGGGGUCCGGGAAUGUCAGUUCCAGUUCCGUUUCCGACGCUGGAACUGCUCCAGUCACAGCAAGGCCUUUGGGCGCGUCCUGCAGCAGGACAUUCGAGAGACGGCCUUCGUGUUUGCAAUUACCGCAGCCGGUGCCAGCCACGCGGUCACUCAGGCCUGCUCCAUGGGAGAGCUCCUGCAAUGUGGUUGCCAAGCACCCCGCGGGCGGGCACCACCUAGGCCCUCUGGCCUUCUGGGCACUCCUGGACCUCCGGGGCCAACAGGCUCCUCAGACGCCAGUGCAGCCUGGGAGUGGGAAGGCUGCGGAGAUGAUGUGGACUUCGGGGAUGAGAAGUCAAGACUCUUCAUGGAUGCACAGCACAAACGAGGACGCGGAGACAUCCGUGCCCUGGUGCAGCUGCACAACAAUGAGGCAGGCAGGCUGGCGGUGCGGAGCCACACGCGCACCGAGUGUAAGUGCCACGGUCUUUCCGGUUCGUGCGCGCUGCGCACCUGCUGGCAGAAACUGCCUCCGUUCCGGGAGGUGGGCGCACGGCUGCUGGAGCGCUUCCACGGCGCCUCGCGCGUGAUGGGCACCAACGACGGCAAAGCCCUGCUGCCUGCGGUCCGCACGCUCAAGCCUCCGGGCCAAGCCGACCUCCUCUACGCCGCCGACUCACCCGAUUUCUGCGCCCCCAACCGGCGCACCGGCUCUCCCGGCACACGCGGCCGGGCCUGUAACAGUAGUGCCCCGGACCUCAGCGGCUGCGAUUUGUUGUGCUGCGGUCGCGGACACCGCCAGGAGAGUGUACAGCUGGAGGAGAACUGCCUGUGCCGCUUUCACUGGUGCUGCGUGGUGCAGUGCCACCGCUGUCGCGUGCGCAAGGAGCUCAGCCUGUGCCUCUGACCCGCAGCCUGCCACUGAACUGCGUGCAGUCUGCAGGACCACUGUAUUCCAGCAGGGUGCGCUGUUUGGACCCAGCAGGGUGCUCUGUCUGGACCCAGCUGCUCCCCAGGAAAAGUACAUAUCUAAAGCCUUGGGGGACUACAGGGGACAGGAACUUGGGGUUUACACCUGACCAUGAAGGCCUGGGGACCCUACCCCUUCAGCAUUCCCCAGAAUGGCCCUCUGCUAGUUUCUGCGGGAGACUAAGCAGGCUUUCCCUCCUCUUGGUCUUCCAGAUGGAAAUUAAAAAAAAAAAAAAAAAAAAAAAAAGCCAGACUCUGGCCUCUGGAGAUGGUAAUACUCAGAAUUACUGGGGUGGAUGGGUGAGUUCAGUAUCAAUAAAGACAUUUAAACCCAUGGAUUGAGAGGAGGUAGUCCUAGAGGGCCAGGAGAUGGAAGGAAGGUGGCCCGGACAGAACUAGCAAUUCAGCCUGAAUCUAUCCAUUCCAGCCAUCACUGAGGCAGGGAGGAGUGAGGCUGGUGGAAACCUCGUAUCUCUUCUUUGGUAUGCUUUUUGUUCGUUCUUAUCCACGUCAAGCACUUGAAUUCGGAGAACUAGUGAUUCCAUUUUUAAAGGGACACGAAGGGCCCAGAAGCUUCUCAUAAUCUGCUCAGGUGUCAGGCUUUAUGUCCUGAGGAAGGCAAGGGUAGGCUUUUGGGGUCAUGAGAUUAAAGCUAUUUAUAAACUGGAAAAAAAAAACAACAACAAAAA